AUGGUGGGGCCGCGAUCUUUUGGACCACAGAAUAUGAAAUGCAAAAGUGUCUGGGUCUGGAAGCUUGUAAUGCUGGGCGGCGUCUCAUGAUGAGGCUACGAAUGCUGGCUCAGCAUGACAAGUUUCUGAGCUCCUAGGUGUUGCCUAUUCUGCAUGACAAACUGCGCGUCUGCAUCACAGAAAAGCGUAGCUCUUGGGCAACGUGCAUGACAGAUUUAAACAUCAUGCCAGACAAGCAUGACAAACAUGAAUUCUUCCAGACCCAGACAUUUUUACACUUGAUACAGAACAAAGUGCAACCAAACUACAGCACUGCCGCAAGAUAUGGAAGUGUCAGAACCGAAAUUGACAAAAUCGAAAAACUUGUGAUGCACAAAAUCGAUGCCAGUUAGACCCACAGUUUGUAGUCGGCGCAUGACAAAUUCUCUUCGUCCUGGAAGCGAAUCUGUCAUGCGGUUUAGGGCAAAAGAGCUGCCUUCUGUCAUGCUAGUCAGCAGCCCAACACUUAUUCCUUGCCAGGACUACAAUCCGCCUUCCUUGCAUCCUCUGCAACAGAGUCGCUUUUUGCGUAGCAUUUUACGCAUUACAGAGCAUUUCGAUUUUGUCGAUUUCGAUCCUGACACUCCCAUACAUGAAACAGCCAGGCGGCGAAUGCGAACCAAGACCAAGGGCGGCAGGCGACUGCACGGGAGCAGCAAGAUGCGGGCGACGGCGCAGGCGGGGAAGAAAAUACCGGGUGGCGCAUAUCCUGAGUAAAAGCGUGGUCUCCAUACCAGAGUUGUCAUGCAAAUGCGCAAUAACAGGAACAUUUGUAAUGCGCAGCUCCAUGAGAAAAGGAAUUUCUAAUCGUGAUUUGGAAUUUGUAAUGCUGUAAACAGGAUGUUAAAAUGGCUUUCUCAUGCGGCUUCUCUUACCAAUCAGCACUACACUGCAGAGGGAACAAAGAACUUGUCAUGCACAGCUCCCAAAGCUACUUGGAGACUUGUGUUGCUAGAUUCCCAACUUGACUAUGGGGUGUGGGCCCCGUUCUUUUUGCUUAGGAUAGCGCAGACAAGUGAGCAGAAUCAUCCUCGCAGUAGACUCGCGCGCGGAAGACCGGUAUGAAAUGCAAAUAUGUCUGGGUCUGGAAGAUUCUAAACUUGUGAUGCUGUGUCUGGAUUCUAAAAAAAUUUGUAUUGCAUGACCAGCAAGAGGACUCCAGUUUGUGCCACGCGGAUAGGACAUUUCUCAUGCGGUAAGGGCAUCGCAAAGCCCUCGAAAAAGCUGUGAUGCUAGAGCAUGCAUCACAGACAUCAUAGGCCAUUCAAAAUAUGCAUGACAAACCAGGCAAUCUUCCAGACCCGGACAUUUUUGCAUUUGAUAACCGGUGGGCGAUUGACCAGCUUUUCGCACCAAGUCGAGACAGCGUAUUCGAAGUGGGAUAUUGUGAGGAAAAAUCCCCCCUCCCCAUACCAAAGCGGGACUCUUCUGAAAAUUUGUGAUGCUGAUUUGAGGCCACAAAUCGUCUCUGUAUUGCACGGAGAGAAAUCCAAGAACCCCGCCGCGUUCUGCAGGCAAUUUGUAAUGCUGUUUGGCCAACGGAGGAUAUGCCGGCCUUGCUAGGCGCCUACACCAAAACGUCCCUAGUCCGGCUUUGUAUAAUCUAUCUGGAGUCCUCUGCUGCAAGACAAAUUCGAUUUGUGUACACAGAUCCUGCAUCACAGAUUUCCAGUUCGAUACGGGGAGGGGGGAUUUUUCCUUCUGAUAUCGGAAAAGGUUCCGGGCUUUUUUUUUACCUGGACGCAGGGAACAACGAGCUGGGGAGCUGUUUAUCAAAUGCAAAUAUCCCUGGAUGUCUGGAACAUUCUAAACUUGUGAUGCUGUCUUUCGAUUCUAAAAAAGAUUUGUAUUGCAUGACCAGCAAGAGGACUCCAGUUUGUGCCACACGGAGAGGGCAUUUCUGAUGCGGUAGAGGUAUGAUCGCAAACCGCUCUAAAAAUCUGUGAUGCUACGGCAUGCAUCACAGACAUCAUGGGUCAUGGAAAAUAUGCAUGACAAAUCUAGUAGAAGUCUUCCAGGCCCAGACAGUUUUGCAUUUGAUACUGUUGCAAGGGCGACAAUAAGGUCGCGAACGGGCAACGAGUAUCCUGUGCAAAAGUACCGUACUCGUAUUGCAAUCAUGCAUUACAUCAAAUCUUUUUUUUUAAAGGUAAAUUCGCAUUACAAAUUUUACUUCUCAUGCUGAGAAUUUGUAAUGCAUUUAUUCGAGUGCGAUUACGAUACUUUUGCAGUUCAUAACAAGUCAUGGACGCAGCUGAGUACGGAAACAGGUAUGCAAGUUGGACAGGAGGAGGUCAAGGUAGGGGGUAUCAAUUGCAAAAAUGUCUGGGUCUGGAAGAUUGCCAGGUUUGUCAUGCAUAUUUUGAAUGACCGAUGAUGUCUGUGAUGCAUGCCCUAGCGUCACAGAUUUUCAGCGGACUUUGUGAUGCCUCUACCGCAUGAGAAGUGCCCUCUUCACGUAACACAAACUGGAGUCCUUUUGCUGGUCAUGCAAUGCAAAUUUUUUUAGAAUCCAGAGACAGCAUUACAAGUUUAGAAUCUUCCAGACCCAGACAUUUUUACAUUUGGUAGGGGGCAACCAGAGCCCACUCCCCUCCAGCCGCGGCUUGGAACGACAUAUCCGAUGUAAAAACGUCCCCACCCCAUAGUCAAGAUGGGGUCUCGGCUAGACAAAUCCACAAGCUUUGGCUGUUUUGCAUGACAGAUCUCAGCUCGUCGUGUAGUGCUGUUUGAGCUAUUUCAGCAGCAUCACAUAUCUAGUACAUCAUGCUGAUUGGAGCAUGGCAAAUUCCAAAACACGACUGGAAAACCCUUUUCAUGGGGCUCCGCAUGAGAAACAUUUUCAGCAUGCAGACUUGCACGACAGCUCUGGGGUGGGAACGUUUUUACACAGGAUACGACGGGACCGGACUUUAUCUUCGAUACGGGCCUACAUGACCCCAGAUUCUAUUGCAAGGAAAAAUCCCCCCUCCCCAUAUCGAAAACGGAAUUUCUGAUGUUGUAUUUGAGUAUACAAAUCGCCUUGGAUUGCUAGAAGGCCAAGUGCCGCAGUUGUGCCGUCGUUUGCAGGCAACUUGUCAUGCUGUUACCCACGUCCCAGCUGCCUCCUAUCAUGCUGAAGAUGCAAGGCUUUCCCACGACGGCCAGUACUACAGUCCGCGUCUUUUGCCUUGUAGCAUGGCAAAGCACCCCACAAAUCUGCGUCACAGAUUCCAAGAGACUAGUGAUAGCGUUACUCCAUUGCCGCCUUCGCGAUAUUUUUUUAGCGGACCCCGCACGAGAACCCUGAUGCGUUUCCCGCUUAGUACUGAGCCUGCUUGACUAACGUAGCAAACACAUAGACACCCUUCGCUUCGGCACACCUCACCUGCCUAGUCGCCCCUAGGUAGGUGCAGGAAUUUUCUGUGUGGGCUUUUUGUGCUGAAUUAUUCCAACAGGGGCUGCGUUUUUUUUUUCUGCCUUGCCAGCAGAGUAUGUUUGUAUGGGGGGGAAUUGACGGAAGUGGCGCGAGACCUUGGUGACGGAGCAGACGACAAGAGCGGAAAUGGUACAAAGCAAAAAAAAAGAUGGUGUACACGCGCACUGCUUAACUGUGUGAAAGGUGUCGGCCCUGUGUAACCUGCUGCGGCAGGCAGGUGAAUUCGUAGAACUGCAUCACAUGUUAAGUAACGCCCACCGGCCUCCUAGAUUAGUGAUGAAUUUAUAUGCGUUUUCAGUGUGGGGCCCAAUGAAAAAAAAAAAAAAAAAAAUCUGCGUCGAAGAUUUCCGGUUUGAUAUGGGGAGGGGGGAUUUUUCCUUGUGAUCGAUUCGGGGGCGUCACAGCAGAGCAGGGUGCGGCACAGCGAACCCAAUUGGUGCCCGAGAUCGAGAAUGCGAAUUUCGCUCCUCGGGAGUUGCAAUCUUAUUUUUCUGACCACAAACCCAUUAUGAAGCCGGUGUAUGUGAUAGAUGACACUGAGUAGCGGAUCAUGCGGAAGGUGGAGUACAUAUAAGAUACUUACGAAUAUGAAUAAGAUAAAAACGACUCCUGGUCGUGAAAAUAAACCUUUCGGUGUCCUGUUGUAUACGGUGACGUUCAUGAUAGCAGGGAUGAUGACGACUGACAUAAGCGGCGAAUGGGUACUACUGUACUGCAACCCGGAGCAUGAUGUAGCUCCCUUCUGGAAU